GCCGACAGUCCCACAUGCGGACACGUCCCCAACACUGCUUCCGUUGAUUCAUUGAUACCAAAUUAUCCAAUUUUCUUCACUACUACUCUCUUUUUCCUUUCUUUUUAACCUAUCCAACAAAAAGUUGGAAUCUCCAGAUAUUAGUUUCCAUUUCCCUUUUGUUGAUUGAUUCCUUCUUCUUUCACUAUAUACAUACAUUUAAUUUCAAUUAUAAGAAUGACAGAAGCUACUGCAGUUGCAGCUCAACCUCAACCAGAAUUACCACCUCCUCCUGCCAUGGCCAAAACUGAUGACUCUAAAGCUCUUGCUACUCUUCCUCCAACAAAGCCUGACUCUUCUACAAAGAAAAGUUCAAAGGGAUCCCUCGACAGAGAUGUUGCUCUCGCACACCUUGAAACAGAGAAAAAGAAUUCCUAUAUCAAGGCAUGGGAAGAAAGUGAAAAAAGCAAGGUGAAUAACAAGGCCGAAAAGAAGCUCUCUUCAGUUGGAACAUGGGAGAACACCAAGAAAGCAAAUAUUGAAGCUAAACUGAAGAAACUUGAGGAACAACUAGAGCAAAAGAAAGCAGAAUAUGCAGAGAAGAUCAAGAAUAGAGUAGCUGCAGUUCACAUGGAGGCAGAGGAAAAGAGAGCUAUGGUUGAAGCCAGACGAGGAGAAGAACUUCUUAAAGCAGAGGAGAUGGCUGCCAAGUAUCGUGCUACGGGACAAGCCCCUAAGAAGAUUGGGUGCCUUGGAUGUUAAAGCCAUGAAAUGUAUCAUUCUCUUUUGUGAAUUUUCAUGUUUGUUGCUCUUUAUUGGGUGUUUCAAACAUAUUGAGUUUUCGUAGUUUGUGUAAGAAAAGCACUCAUGAAAGUUUAAAGUGUCGUGAAGUUUCUCCUAAUACUUCAUACUGUAUUUGAGAUUAUGUAUAAAAUGUCUGGAAACUACAAUGUUGAAAUGUUGUCAAGAAUCACUUGGUGUUC